AUGUUUACACCAAAAUACUCUUUGGUCUUCAGUCUUAGCAAACAAUUGUACCCUUUUGUUUGGCCCCUUCCUGUUUGUUUGGUACCCCUUUUGUUUGGCGCCCUCCUGUCUUGUUUGGCGCCUUCCUGUUUGGCACCAAUUUUGUUUGGUGCGCCCUCCUGUUUGGUACCCCCCUGUUUAGUACCUCAUGUUUGGCAUCCUUUUGUUUGGCGCCCUCCUGUUUGGUACCCUUUUGUUGGGCACCCCUUUUGUUUGGCGCCCACAUGUUUGGUACCCUUUUGUUUGGCCCCUUCCUGUUUGGUACCCCUUUUGUUUGGCGCUCUCCUGUUUGGUACCCCUUUUGUUUGGCGCCCUCAUGUUUGGCAUCCUUUUGUUUGGUACCCUUUUGUUUGGCGCCCACCUAUUUGGUACCCUCCUGUUCGUCACCCCUUUUGUUUGGCGCCCACAUGUUUGGUACCCUUUUGUUUGGUACCCCUUUUGUUUGGCGCUCUCCUGUUUGGUACCCCUUUUGUUUGGCGCCCUCAUGUUUGGCAUCCUUUUGUUUGGUCCCCCUUUUGUUUGGUGCGCCCUCCUGUUUGGCACCCCUUUUGUUUGGUACCCUCCUGUUCGUCACCCCUUUUGUUUGGCGCCCUCCUGUUUGGUACCCCUUUAGUUUGGCGCCCUCUUUGGCACCCCUUUUGUUUGGCGCCCUCCUGUUUGGUACCCCUUUUGUUUGGCGCCCUCCUGUUUGGUACCCCUUUUGUUUGGCGCACACUUGUUUGGUACCCUCCUGUUUGGUACCCCUUUAGUUUUGCGCCCUCCUGUUUGGUACCCUCUUUGGUACCCCUUUUGUUUGGUAACCCUUUUGUUUGGUACCCUCCUGUUUGGUAUCCCUUUUGUUUGGCGCCCUCCUGUUUGGUACCCCUUUUGUUUGGUAGCAAACUUGGAGAGUCGUGGUGCCAAAAAGGGCGUAAACAAGUCAUGUUUGUUAAAAAAAAAAAGCUGAAUUGACAUAAAAAGCCGCCAUGAGUUCAACUUCUUCAUGUUUUUAACAUUUAAACUUUCACCAAACAUAAAAAGUUCAAAGUAAUUCCACUAACUUGCUAAUUUUCAAUGGAAACUUGGACCUAAAAAUGGCCAAGGUUGUAAAUGCUGCAGCUUCAUGACGUCAUCGUCUUCUUUGUUGUAUCUUAUUUUGUCACAAAGUUUGGAAGUUAUGCUGGAGAUAAAAAGGUCGUUUUUAUUGUUACGUUGGAGGAAACAAUUGAAGUCAAAAAAGGCACAAUGUAAAGAAAAAAGCUGGGCUUUUUUUUUUAUAGCCUUUUUACAAACUUUUUGAAA